UUCAAUUUCAAACUUCGUCUUUCUCUGUUUUUAUUUUGGAUAGGAAUACUGGAAUAGCAGCAGGAUUUUGGAUAGCAGAAGAAUGAAGAUCAAUAAGAAAUUGUUGAUGUUGAAAUGAUCGUGUGAUCUUUUUCUCGAAACACAGAAAACUCCUGUUUUGAUUCUGAUGCGCAAAUUCGGGGUACGGUAGUACCGUUAUCGCUGCCCGCUUGAUCAUCAGCGAACAGUUUCGCGGAAUUCGCGCCAACAUGUGGCAGCCUCAUCCCAACCGGUCUUCCCACUCCCGCUCCCAUCCCGACCCCUCCCACCACCGUCCUGCCGUCACGUCACCCCCUCGCAAGCGCUGCAAACGCGGCAGCCCCGAGGACGGCGAGAUUGACGCAGCGGACCACAGCGACAGCGACCUCAGCGCCAUCUCCUCGUCCUCCGAGACCAAACGUUCUCCCGCCGCUCCGCCGACAUCCACAGGUGGUCCUAGACGCACGCUGCUCGGAGACCCUCCGACGGGGUUGCAGGGUGUGGGGGAAGCGGAGGGCGCCGAGACCAUGGGGAACCUCGGGGAUCUCUCCAUGUCCCCGGGACGGUUGACGGAGGCGCUGGCCGUGCUGGUGGAUCCCUAUGCCGACCAGCCGAUGGGGAAUAACGGCGAGGGGAUGGAGUUCCCGUCGUUCCUGGGAGGUGACCAGGCGCCGGGGGAUUUGUCGUUUGGCGCGAUGAAUUUCGCUGAUGAUUUGUUUGAUAUGGCCAGUCAGGAAUCUCUGCUCAACUUCCACUUCCCCGUCCACCCCGACCCCUACCCCGCCUCCCAACCCGCGGAAAUCACCCCCUACGACCUCUACGGCUCGCCCCUCUCCUCCGCGGCCCCCUCCCCGGCCACCACCCCGCCGCACCGCAUCUUCGCCGCCACCGACCCCGACCUGGACGAGUACCCCUCGGCCUCGGAGUCGGCCUCCUCCGGCGACGAGAUGGACGCCUCCCAGGUGGACGCCCUCCUCGACGAGCUGGACCCGGAUACGGUGCCCGGUGGGGAGCGCACGCCGCUGGUCAAGACGAAGAACAAGUUCAUUAUGAUUGAGAAGCGGAACCAUUUGUUCGAGUUCCUGCCCCAAGGCUGGCUGCAGGUGCUGCACGAGAGCGGCAUGCCGGUGUACUGUCAUCGCGAGAGUCGGAUCUGUACCUUGAGCCGGCCGUACGGGCUGGGGAAGGCGUCGUUGCGGACGCAUAAGAUCCCGCUGAGCGCCGUGCCCUGUAUGGAGUAUAAACGGUGUAAGGAGCAAGAAGCCGGUGGUGGUGACGGAGGGAGGUUUGAAGAGGCAGUGAAGCAGGAGCCGGUAUCGGGCAGUGACGCAUCGCAGCCGACACCGUCCACAUCUGAGCCCGUAACCGCCCGCGUUAUGACCGCCGACGAGCACUACCAGACGACGCUCAUCUCCCCGGAUGAAUUCCGCACAUACUGCCAGUCGCUCUUCGAAUUCCGCAUGAAGACCAUCCGCCGCUAUAAAAACUGGAAGAUUGGGCGGGCGCGCCAGCGUCUGGCCAAGAAGCUCAAAGCCUCCAACAGCGAGACGACCGGCGAGCCGGACAAACCGGACACGGAGGUGACGACCAUGUUGAAAAAGACCAGAGUGGUGACGAUCACGCGGCCGGGACCGGAUGAGAACGUGCCCAUCACCUUCACCUUGAACCCGACGAACAAGACGGUGGUCAGCAUCCUGCACGAGUUCGUGCAGCACAUGAAGAAGACGCAGCCGCUGUACGAAUUCCUGGAAAUGCCGGAUUCCAAUGCGCCUUACCAGGCCGUGGUGUCCAUCGACGGGAAGGAGGAGGGCCGCGGACUGGGCGCCAGUAAGAAGCAGGCCAAGAUGGCCGCGGCCAAGGAGGCCCUGCUCAGUAUGGCGCCGGAGAUGCGGGCCAUCGUCGGAGUUACGGACGGGGAGGAAGAAGAGGACAUCUUCCACGACAUCGCCAUCGACGACCCGCGCAUCUGGGAGAUUUCCUUCAAAGCCGGCAUCCCGGCGCCGUACGAGAUCCUCACCCGCGCCCUGCGCCGCACCCACCGCUCCGAGCCCAUCCGUAUCGAAUCCAAACGCCUCGGGCAUCUGAAGAACGAGUACACCAUGACCUGCGGCGAUCUGACCAUCGCCGUCAUCAGCCAGAAACGCGACGCGGCACGGCAUCUGUGCGCGCAGAAAUUACUAAAGAAAAUCCACCCGGAGCUGCAGUACUACGGACAGGUGCUGAAGAUGUACGGGACGGCGCAGCAGCGCCAUCUGCAGAAGAAGAAGGAGGUGCAGCGCACCAUCACGGAUCUGCAGACCAAAGCGAAGUUGGGGCAACCGAAUUGGGAGUUAUUGGAGAAAUUAAAGACGGAGAUGGCCAAGGUCGUCGCGGUGCCGUUGCGUAGCGGAGAAAAAGCCGGAUUCGCUAUGAUUGAAAAACAUACAAGGAUUUGUUUUCUGCAGGAAAAACGUGGAGUUUACUUCCCUCCGUGAAAAUGUCCAUUCAGGAAAAAUUUAUAAUUUUACUUUUGAUAAGAGAAAUUUGUUUUUGUUAUUUUACAUGUGGUGGGAAAAAAUGCCUCGUAGGAAAGGAAUCCAGAAAUUAAUCGCUUUUAAUUUGUUACCUGUUAUUUUUUUAGUGUUUGUUGUUGAAGGUGGGUGAUGAUUCGCGUCUUUUCAGAAUAUUCAUUUAAGUUUUUUUCGGGGUUCUGUUUGGUGAAAGAAA